AUGCUGCAGCUUAUGGUAAGUACUCCAACUAUAUUUUACCUAAAACAGCGCGAUGUCACAUUCGAAGAAGCCGUCUCAACACUCAUGAGCCUGUUCGGACCACAGCAGUCGUUGUUCAGCCGUCGUUACACCUGCAUGAAGCUGACCAAGGAUCCCAACGACGACUUUGCCACCUAUGCAGGACGUGUCAAUCGUGAAUGCGCCAAAUUCAGGCUGGCGGAGUGCAACGAGAAUCAAUUCACGUGUCUAAUCUUCAAAAGCGGUCCACAAUCCAGCGACGACGACUUCAUUCGCCUGAAAUUACUAGACAAAAUCGAGGCCGAUCCAACAUGUACCGUCCAGUCCCUCCCGGAAGAAUGCAAGCGACUCACUAACUUGAAACAAGACACGAAAAUGGUAGAGACUGGGACACCUGGCGUACACGCAGUCAAACACUCAGAUACUAAACGGCACCCACCACUUCAAAGAAACAAAGAACGUCUGUCAACCCACAUCAAACGCAGAACCGGAUUAAACCGCUCAUUGCGGGAGAAAUGCAUUUCGUUCGAUUCUUUGCAUAUCGACGACACAAAUGUUCAGACUGCCACAAAGUAG